ACAUGAUUUCAUGUGAUGCGUUUCUUUGGGUGCGGAGAAGAUUUAUUCUCAGUGAAACAGGACAUCUCGCCAUAACAGCACGAACACUAAGAUGGUGCGAAUUGCGAUUUGCGUUUUCCUUGCUGUCUUAAGCACAGCGUCAGCCGAUAAAACGACCUCAGUUGGUGAUGUCUUUGUUCAUGUCAUGGGAAAAUCUGGCAAGAUUAGCAUUUACUUCAAGGGACAAUCCAAGGAAGAUGGCUUAACUUUCAAAUUUGAAGACCUGGGAGAGCGUGACAGUAAUGGCAACACUGUUGGUCAAGCUGGAAGUGAGAAGCACAAUUUUAAUACCUUUACUCAACUGGAUUUUCAAUUUAGUGAAGUGGUUCAAGACAAAUUUCAGAAUAUCUCUGUGUACACCUUUAACAUGACCUCCUACAUCUCAAGUGUGAAGGCAAAUUUCAUGUCUCAAGUGUACAUCUUUGCUGAGAAUGGCUCCUAUGUGUGGGGAGAUGAGGAGACGGAAGUGAGAAAAGGCUCUGUAAAAUUCAACAUCAAGGUGGAGGGAUGGAAAUUCUGUGGAGAUCCAGGGUAUACCUGCAAAGAAGGAGCCGGAAGCUACCUCGACUCUAAAAUUUGUAUUGCCUCAAAGAAGGGAAGUGGGAGAAAAAUGGAAAGGAAGCAAAACAAAGCGGGUGAAAGGCCAAAAGGUCCAAAAGGAAAAGCGAAGGCAGAAAAGUUCUUCUUUGCUGGAGAUUCCAUUGUGAUGCCCAGAGGGGUCGAGGUCGAUGGCACAGGUAAGGACAUGCCCGCUGGCUACCCCUCGGUACACAGCAGCAACUGCUUCACUGUUCGCUUCCCCAAGUUCAACAGCUACGCUCUCUACGACCCCUCGGUGACUCUGGAUGAUAACGAGGCACCGCCAAGCAGCGGUGCGACUCCUCUCAAGUGGAGCCUUGCCCUUGCCUUGGUCGCUCUACUCGCCGCUUGGCUCCAGUAAAACAAGCUAAUUUUGACAAGCUUAGACAUAGAUUAAACAGACUGGCGUGUAAUAUUUAGGCCCGAAGAACAGCCUCAACGUCGUCCAGCAUUGUUGACACAGGAUUGUUCGGCAGACGCAAAGAUGUAAGGGAGUGGUGUAUACUUUACAGCGCCCAUGCAGUCUCGUACUCAGAUGCCGUGCGUUGCAUUUUGGGAGGUUGAAUAAGCGCACGGUGCAUGACGGUCAGGAUGCGGUUUCGCGAUCGGAUUCAGGAUAUCCGCGCAACAGAAAAUAAGGACUGGGUACGAGUCUACCUCCUAUGUGCUUGGUUGCUUGCUGGUUUUGCAGGGGGCUGUGCUUUUGCAUUUGACGUUGGGGCCUGGUAAAUCGUUAGUCCUUAUACUAUAAAAUUUCCAAUAAAAGCAAUAUAUAAUAAAACAUGUAUUCGUACAAAGUAAUCUUAACUGAUACAAUUACUAAAACGCUACUGCUAUCCCAUUUAGACUUAAAUGCUGUACACUGUAACUCUUUUUUUAUAAUCGCCAUAACGACAUGAAGGUAUUGCUAAAUAAAAUGAUAUAAAGUAAA